AUGAUAACUGAAUCUUGCAAAUACCACUGUCGUCAUGUUCUCAUGCAUGAAACUUAUGAAGAUAAAUAUGAGCGCCGACAAGAGAAGCAUGAAAACCUGCGCAGAAGGAACAACAUAACCAUAUGCCGCCUGGUGGCUAAACGCCAGAGCAGAGAGCCCAAGGAAAUACUCCAAAGCCCCCGACAAAAAGAGUUCUUCAGGAGAAGAAAUUUAAUAGCUGAAGAGCAAGGAAAGAAACAAGGGAGGUCACCUCCUGGCAAGAUGGCAUCUCUAGUUCUUGAGAACAAAAUGGAAGAUUUUGCAGAAGUAUCAUCUGGAAGGUUUCCGAAAUCAUCUCCUACAAAUCAGAUAGUGUCUUGGAAUAACUCCACCUUCCACCUUUCUCCCAGCAAGUCUGUAGAGCAGAGUUUCAGUGAUGGGUUUAUACACAGCAAGUUCAAUUCCUGGGGGAUCUCUUCUGAAAACAAGGCCACUGUGAAAGUUUCUAUAAGCUGCAAAGGUACACAAACCAUAAAUGAGUCCACUGCAUUAAAGAAAAAUUCAGGCCAACAGACAGACUGUGGAAUAGCAGUUUUAGAUAAGGAAAUAAUUCAACUUUCUAACUACCUCAAGGAGGCCCUGCAUCGAGAGCUACUGCUGAAGAAGAAGCUGAUGAUCUUACAGGAACUUCUAGCCAUGUUGCUGCAGGCAGCGGAGAAAUCUUGGCAGGGUCAGAUAAAUGAAGACAAACUCAAGAGCAGAGUGAGUGUGUUGGAGAAUCAGCUGCAGACUUCCACCCAGAGUUACUCAAAGCGGGGUUUGAAGAAAAUUCUGCUGGAGGUGGAAGCCCAGAAGCAGAACUAUGAGCAAAAAGCAAAAGAGUCUCUUCAGAAAUUACUUGAGGAGAAACUGCAAGCAGAAAGGCAACUCCAGAAUGCCCAGAGAGUAUUAGCUGUUGCAGAGGAAGACUGCACCCUCUGGAAAGAACACUACAACACACUGAAAAAAGAUUGGAGCCAGCUAACUGACAAGCACAUUGAACUAGAAAACAAGCUCCAUGUCUUGGAGAACAAACUGCAGUGGUCGGACACUCAGAACUCUCAGCUGCACCAGGUCCUGCAGAACUUGGAGAGUGAACGGGUCACUCUCUGUUCUAAGAUUGAUGCCUUACAAGUAGACAACAGGCUCACAGUGGAGCAUGUUAGUGCUAUGGAAGGCAGGCUGAAAACUGAAGAAAGACAGAAGCUAGCACUGGAGGAAACAAUUAAACGUUUGCACAUAGACCAGGAUAUAUCUAUGAAGAGUCAAGUCCACAGCCCUGCCAAAGACAGAUUGAGUGACUUGUCAAAGGACCACAAGAGGGCGAAAGAGAACAGUCUGCAAGACCAGCUGCAAGAGAGAACAUCCCAGUUUACAACUAAGGAAGAAGAGUGCAGAGAUCUCCGUUGUGAAUUGGAAGUCCUGUGCCAUGAGUAUCGCAGCUGCCUGAUCAAGUUACAGCAGUGUCGAGAUGAGUUCAAUAACUCUCAGAGGAAACGGGCUCAAAGGCGGCACAAUCACUGGAUCCCUCUCCUAAUGGUGGUGAUGGCAACAGCUAUGGUAGCUUACUUAGCCAACUUUAUACCCUGAG